CUUCACUUGUUUUAUCAAAUCACGAUCACUCUCACUCUACUAGAAAAAAACACAGACAGGUGUAUUUCUAUUUGCUCUAGUACUUUGUUUAGCGCAGGAGCUAGUAUUCGUUUUCGUAUUUUUCUCAACUAGUAGCAACGAACACGAGCACGACGAGCAUCAACUGCAAAUAAAAUGGGAAAAUCUCGUAAGCGUCUCCGCGAUGUGGACGUUGCAGAACAGGAAGGCGCUCGCCCCAGGAAAGCUGACUACCGGCAACGCGCUCACUGCAACCCUCUGAGCGACUUUUUGCUGCCAGCGCCUAUCUCUCCUGCGCACAUUGACUGGAGUCUGCACUAUCCAGACCUCUCACUUCGCGCAGGACCAUUGGGAGUGGAACUAGAGCCUUCGAAGGAGCAGGAUAAGAAAACUCUUUCUGGAGAAGCACAAGAAGCUGCUUCCUCUGAGGAUGCGGUAAAGAAGCAGCGAAAAGUAGAUGAAGAUCACGAGAAGAUUUCUUCAUCAGAUCUCGUUGUACCUGGAGUAGAAGAGCUGCUGCUGGAGGAGCAGGAAGGGGCAUCGGCUGUCGAUGACAACAAAGCCUUCUCGUCAACAAAGCGGCUGUUCCUCAACACUUCCAGUUUCCCUCUCUCCUAUCCAGAGGUGGCACUCGCCGCACCGACUAUGAAACCCACUUUCGGAGUCGAUUUCAUCGACGUCGGGUGUGGCUUUGGGGGCUUGACUGUUGCCCUGGCAGAAGAAUUUCCAGAAAAAAAUGUUUUAGGUUUGGAAAUCCGUGAACAAGUGACUAAUUACGUUGGUUUGAGGAUUCUGGCAAAGAGAGAUGCGUGGAAGAAAGACAAGGUGAAGAAGAUCUCUUCAACGAGUCGUGUGACGGAGGUAGAAGAUGAGGCGAGUGGUGCUGGAGUUGUAGGUGUUGGUGUGACUACAACAUUUACUUCUUCUUGUUCAAAAGGUGGAGCUGCAGAAGUGGAAGCACAAAAAGAACAAGAAUCCGGUGUAGAAGCUGGAUCAUCAACAUUAGAACAACAAGCUCGACGUCCUGUCAUAGCAUCAUCUACUUCAACAAUCCCUUUAAGAAUUCUUGACAACAAGCAAGAACAGCAACUGCACCAGGACCAAGAAAAAGUAGACGAGCUGCAUCAUUUUUUCAAUGCUGCUGUUAUGCGUACGAACGCUAUGAAGACUUUUCCCAAUUAUUUUCGGAAGGGCGAACUCUCCAAACUCUUUUUCUGUUUCCCUGACCCUCACUUCAAGAAGAAGACCCACCGUCGCCGCAUCGUCAACGAUUCUCUCCUCAGUGUGUACAGCUACUGUCUCCGUCCCAACGGACGAAUCUACUGCAUCACCGACGUCAAAGACUUGUACGAGUGGAUGUACGACUGCUUGGCACGUCAUCCUGGCUUUCAGGAGAUUUUUACUCACGACACCAUUCCGAGGGAAAAGGCGGAGAAGGAAGACGUCUGCGUCAAAUUGAUUCACGAAGCGACGGAAGAAGGGCAUAAGGUGAAAAAUCUUGGACGCUUCGGGAAAAUCAUGUACUACUGCGUCUUUGAGAAAAAGUAACUGAGUCAAGUACUGAAAAUAACCGAGUUACUGACUGAAAUAAGGGAGGCAGCUUUGACAGGGCUACUUGUCCUUGUUCAGUAUCUCGCUUAUUUUAUGUAGUUACUCGCUUAUUUCAGUUUAUCGAAAUUAUCGACCACCACUCUCUCUCUUCACGUCGAAGUCAGAGAAGGCUUAGAGGCAAGUUACACCCAUCACGACCUCGGGGAAUUCUUGUCCUCAUGGUUCGCCCAAAAAGAUCAAGAUGAACCUGCGCAUUUUACUUUCCUCAGAAGAGGUCACACAUCAACAUUGAGGAAACAAGAACCCAAUGACUCAACAUUUGUUUUUCAAUAUAACGCCAGAUUUUUAAGUUAAAUGCACAUCAAAGAUUGUCGUCGCCGGAAUAAGAUUGUAACCACCUGCUCCCAU